GUUCUCAGUGCAAUAAACACUGAGGGAGAGCUCCCAGCCACCCAUCUUUACCCGGCCAGGUAUAUACCUCAGUCACUCCACAAUACAGCAGGGAGCCAAGCAGUGCAUAGAGAAGAGCUCACAGGAAUACAAGAGACAAUAGAGGUACAUACAGUAGAACCCUUCUCUGAAAAGGACACCUCUCCAAUAAGGACACAUUUCUUUCCCCAAAAGUUCUUGCAGGACACUUCACUAAUAUGGACACUUUCUUCAGUCGCAUUA